AUGUAUCGGCAGAUUCGCGUGCACGAGGAUGAUUGGCCGUUACAGAAAAUUCUUUGGCGGGACUCUCUCGACGAAAGGCCUCAAGAAUAUGCAUUGUGUACCGUAACGUACGGCCUCGCGUGUGCUCCAUAUCUCGCGCUACGCUGUUUACGGCAACUCGCUCUCGAUUACGAUUCGACUCGCCCUCACGCUUCCGAAACUCUUCGUCGCGACACAUACGUCGAUGAUAUUUUCUCCGGCGACGAAAGCAUCUCUCAGGCGAAAGAAAAAAUCUCGCAACUAAGAACCACUCUCACGGCGGGCGGCUUUACGCUCCGAAAAUGGAUCGCUAACGACUCAAAUCUGCUCGACGAUAUCCCUGCCUGCGAUCGCGAAACAUCUCCUACGCUCUCGGUCAACGACAGUGCGAUACAUCAUACUCUCGGUGUGCGUUGGGAACGCAAAUCAGACAGUUUCGUGUUUUCUCCGCCGUCGCUCACGAUCUCGAAAAAUCGCGUUACAAAACGCUCAGUGCUAUCGCUUAUCGCACGCAUGUUUGAUCCACUCGGAUGGAUUACGCCUAUCACAGUUACCGCAAAGCUGUUCAUGCAAGAACUGUGGGCCAUACGUCUCGACUGGGACGACGAACUCCCGGAAGAUUUAAAGUCACGAUGGACAAGCUACGUCGCUCAACUCACAUGCAUCUCUCGUCUCGCUAUCUCGCGUUGGUUUGGAACAAGUUCUUCGAAUCUCGCCGUGGAAGUGCACGGUUUCGCGGACGCAUCUCAAAGUGCACUCGCCGCGGUCGUUUAUCUCCGCGUUCUCAGUGACAUCGACGACGCUCAAAUAAAACUCAUUUGCUCAAAGACUAAAGUUGCCCCUCUCAAACGAAUGACUAUACCGCGUCUCGAACUCUCAGCCGCAGUGCUGCUCGUGCGUCAAGUUCUCAAAAUUCGCGAAGUGCUUGAACUACAAACCGCGCCAACCCAUCUCUGGACCGAUUCGACGGUCGCUCUUACGUGGAUCAAAAGUCAUCCAUCCCGGUGGAAAGACUUCGUACGGAAUCGUGUCUCCUUUAUUCAAGAGCUCUCAAAUUCUAGAUGGCAUCACGUCUCCGGGAAGGAGAAUCCCGCUGAUCUAGCAUCACGAGGCGUGACUCCUCAACGUCUUCAACAAAACGAGCUCUGGUGGACCGGUCCUCGUUGGUUACAUACGCAUUCGACAUCUUGGCCGUCUUCAAUUCCGAUUCUCGAGUCUACGGACAACCUCGAAGAACGGCCUCCGCAGUGUACAACUGCAGUGGAACAUCAUGAACAUAAACUUUCGAUGCUCGAUCGAUACUCAUCGCUGACGACCCUCAUCAGAACUACCGCCUGGGUCCAGCGUGCUCUUCAACUCUUUCGGAAAUCUGUCGCAUCACGCUCAUCUCACGAGCCUCUCACCGUCGAAGAGUUAGAAUCAGCGCUAAUGCUGUGGGUUAAACUCACGCAGCAAAUUUACUUCUCCUCCGAAAUCAAAACCUUGAAGAGCCAACGAUCACUCUCAACCUCGAGCUCUCUCUAUCGUCUAACGCCAUUCCUCGACAACGAAGGACUUUUGCGUUUACGCGGACGUUUAUUCCGGUCACAACUAGAUCCAGAAGAAAAACAUCCUCUGAUCUUACCUCGACAAUGUCGAUUAUCCAUUCUCGUGAUGGAUCAUCAUCAUCGAAAGACUCUCCACGGCGGACCUCAGUUAACGUUAUCAUCGAUUCGUCAAAGGUUUUGGAUAAUCGGCGGUCGCGUUCCUAUCCGAGCAUUCAUCCACAAGUGCGUGAUUUGUGCUCGUCAUCGUGCUACUACUGGUCAACAAGCUGUAGGACAGCUUCCAGCAUCACGAGUCGUUCCGCGCCGACCGUUCUUCAACUCUGGCGUCGAUUAUGCCGGGCCACUGACUCUCAAAACUUUUCGCGGACGAGGCUGCAGAACGUACAAGGGAUAUUUCAUCAUUUUCGUUUGUUUCAGUACGUCUGCGAUACAUCUGGAAGUCGCGACUGACUAUUCUACGGACGGCUUUCUGGCGGCGUUCAGGCGAUUUACCGGACGGCGAGGCAUAUGCUCUACUUUGACUAGUGAUUGUGGCACGAAUUUGAUCGGUGCCGACGCAGAACUCAAACGGAUGUUCACGGCAUCUUCUCGCGAGUGGGCUCACAUCGCUAACAUUCUCGCAAAUGACGGAGUGAAGUGGAGUUUUAAUCCACCCUCCGCCCCCCAUUUUGGAGGAAAUGGGAAGCUGGGGUGA